AUGGCAUCGUAUACAGUAGCAGAUCAAACCACAGCGUUUCAGGGUUUCGCUCGCCGCGCUUUCACUCAAGAGAAGCGAUACCCGGUUGCCAGUUCCCCGUCCAGUCGCGACAUGGAGCAAGGCUCAGUGACCGAAGCUCAUCUCCUAAAUACUACAGUCGAGAGCAUAUCAUGGUACGGGGUCACGGUCGCGGUCAAGGACAGACAAUCCAAGUCUCCUAGAAGUCUGGUCGAGAAUGUCGAAGGCAUCGUCAGAGCUGGAGAGCUAUGCGCUUUGAUGGGCCCAUCGGGCAGCGGAAAGACGACACUUCUCAACGUCCUGGCUCACCGAGAAACAAAUGCAAAGACUGUCGACAGCACAGUCUUGGUCAACGAUUUGAAGAUGCCCCUUUCAACAUUUAGAAAGAUAUCUUGCUUCGUCGAGCAAGAAGAUGCGCUCAUCGGAUCACUUACCGUGCGAGAGACAUUGAGCUUUGCCUCACGGCUAUCGACGGACACUAAAUCUCUCCCUGUGAAGGAUCGUGUUGCCCGAAUCGACAGCCUCCUCGAAGCCUUUGGCCUACGCGAACAGGCCGACACGCUGAUCGGCACCCCGAUACGAAAGGGCAUCAGUGGUGGUCAAAAGCGCCGCGUUGGAGUUGCAAGUCAGCUCAUCACCAGCCCAAAGAUUCUCUUUCUCGACGAGCCCACCAGCGGCCUCGAUUCCACCGCGAGCUACGAAGUUAUAAGCUAUCUGAAGUGGGUUGCGAAGCGUAACAACCUGAUUGUGAUAGCGAGUAUCCACCAGCCUUCCACCUCCACUUUCAACUUGUUCGACAAGCUUCUGCUGCUUUCAAAGGGCAAAACUCACUAUUUCGGUCCUGUGCCGCUAGUAAGGCAAUACUAUGCUCAGCUAGGUCAGACCAUCCCAUUGGAGAUGAAUACCGCAGAAUAUCUGCUCGAGCUUGUCAACACCGACUUCGCUAGCAGCCGAGGCUUUGCCCCGGAGCAAGUAGAAUAUCUGCAGCGAGCCUGGGAGGCGUCACCGCAAUGCGCGGGGGCAAGAUCUGAGAUGGCAGCUGUCACCUUUGACUGUGGCAAGAUAGUGCUGGACGAGGCACACCAGAAGCCCAGCGUGCCGAGUGUUAUCAUGACCUUGCUUCACCGGUCCUUGAUUAAAAGCUAUCGCGACGUUGUAGCUUACGGUAUACGGAUUGCAAUGUAUCUCGGCCUUGCUAUCAUGAUGGGCACGGUAUGGGUGCGUAUGGAUACCGACCAGUCGUCAAUCCAGCCAUUCACCAACGGUCUUUUCUUUGGCUCGGCGUUCAUGUCGUUUAUGGCUGUUGCCUACGUGCCCGCGUUUCUGGAAGAUCGUCUGCAAUACGUCAAGGAGCACCAUAAUGGUCUAUAUGGGGCUACCGAGCUGAUCAUUUCGAAUUUCCUCAUCGGAAUUCCGUAUCUAUUCAUCAUCUCGCUACUGUUUUCUGCAAUUUCGUACUGGCUCAUCAACUUCCGUCCUAGUGCACCGGCCUUCUUUACAUACCUGAUGUGGUUGUUUUUGGAUCUGCUGGCGGCUGAGUCUCUGGUCGUCUUCUUCACAUCGCUGUUUCCGUCGUUCGUGAUCUCGUUGGCGCUCGUCGCAUUCGCCAACGGUUUAUGGAUGAGUGUUGGCGGCUUCCUAGUGUCACCGGAUAUCCUCAACGUUUUCUACAAAUACGUCUUCCAUUAUUGGGACUACCAGAAGUGGGUAUUCGAGGGUAUGAUGGUCAACGAGUUCGCCGACAGAGUGUACGACUGCGCGCAAGUUCCCGGUGGUGGAUGUCAUUGCAUGUAUUCGACAAAGCUCGAGCAACAGUGCCUCAUCCAAGGACAAGGCGUCCUGGACCAGUAUGGGUACCGACCCGGCCACAUGGGACGGAACGUAGGCAUUCUGAUGGCUAUUGUGGUCGGCUAUCGAGUAGCAGCUUGGGUGGUAUUGACCUUAAGGAGGUAG